GUACUGGAAUUCCCUGAGGAAUCUGGUGGUCUCCUUGCUGAACUCCAUGAAGUCCAUCAUCAGUUUGCUCUUCCUGCUGUUCCUGUUCAUUGUGGUGUUUGCUCUGCUGGGGAUGCAGCUCUUUGGAGGACAAUUCAACUUCCAAGAUGAAACGCCAACCACGAAUUUCGAUACCUUCCCUGCUGCCAUCCUCACAGUAUUCCAGAUCCUGACGGGGGAAGACUGGAAUGCGGUGAUGUACCACGGGAUAGAGUCGCAGGGUGGCGUCCGCUCGGGGAUGUUCUCCUCCAUUUACUUCAUCGUCCUGACGUUGUUUGAUACGCUCCUGAAUGUCUUCCUGGCUAUCGCGGUUGACAAUCUGGCAAAUGCCCAAGAGCUGACCAAGGACGAGGAGGAGAUGGAGGAAGCCACCAACCAAAAGCUCGCGCUGCAAAAGGCCAAGGAAGUGGCAGAAGUCAGCCCCAUGUCUGCAGCUAACAUUUCCAUAGCCGCCAAGCAGCAGAACUCCUCCAAAUCCAAGUCCGUUUGGGAGCAGCGGACCAGCCAGAUCCGGAUGCACAAUUUCCGAGCCAGCUGCGAGGCGCUGUACAACGAGCUGGAUCCGGAGGAGCGGGUGCGCUACGCUACCACCCUGCACAUCAGGCCAGACAUGAAGACUCAUUUGGAUCGGCCGCUGGUGGUAGAGCCGAGGAGCGAAGGGAGGAACAACAUCAGCAAGCUGAGCCCUGUGGACGUGCAGGAGGUGGAGCAGACCAAAGUCAUCUCUACUGAUGGGGCAGAAGCUCCACGAAAGCACCACCGGCAUCGGGAUAAGGACAAACUGGGAGAGCAAGAGAAGGGCGACGUGGCCAAGGAUGAGAAUGGGGAAUCUGGCGCCAACAAUAAGGAGGAGCGGCACAGGCAGCACAGGAGCCGCAGCAAGGAGGUGGAAGGGGGGAGUAAGGAAGGGAAAAGUGAUCGCAACAGGGGCCAGGAAGGGGGAAAGAGGCACCAUCGCCGAGGGUCAGUGGAAGAAGGUGCUGAGAAGGAGCACCGUAGGCACCGGACUCACCGGCACUCUGCCGAACGGCAAGGCAAGGAAGGCAACGGGACAAUCAAUGGGGCCAGGAGCGAGCGGCGUUCCCGACACCGGGGAGGGUCGAGGUCUGGGAACAGGGAAGGAGAGCCUGGGUCCAAGGGCGAGAAUGGAGAAGAGCCUCACAGACGGCACAGGUUCAGGAACAGGGCCCUGUCAACGUACGACUCAGUGGAGAAUGGGGACAAGGACGGGGAGGCUGGCGAGAAGGAGCAUCGGAAUCAUCAGCCCAAGGAGAACCAGUGUGAGAUCGAGGCUAGCGGAAGCGUGAGUGUCCCUGUGCACACCCUUCCCAGCACCUAUCUGCAGAAAGUGCCGGAGCAGCCAGAAGAUGCUGACAACCAGAAGAACGUGACACGGAUGAUUCAGCCACCUCUGGACAAAACCACCGCUGUGAACAUCCCCGUCACUAUCACUGCCCCGCCGGGGGAAACCACUGUCAUACCAAUGAACAACAUUGAGUUUGAAAGUAAAGCCGAGGAGAAGAAAGACGUCGAUGACUUGACGAAAAAUGGGCCUAAACCAAUCUUGCCUUACAGUUCCAUGUUCAUCUUAAGUCCUACAAAUCCGAUUCGGCGUCUGUUCCACUACAUCGUCAACCUGCGCUAUUUCGAGAUGGUCAUCCUCAUAGUUAUAGCCCUCAGCAGCAUUGCCCUGGCUGCAGAAGACCCUGUCCAAGCAGAGUCGCCGAGGAACGAUGCUCUGAAAUACUUGGAUUAUAUCUUUACGGGUGUCUUUACCUUUGAGAUGGUGAUCAAGAUGAUUGACUUGGGGCUGUUACUCCACCCUGGCUCCUACUUCCGUGACCUGUGGAAUAUCCUGGACUUCAUUGUGGUCAGUGGGGCCUUGGUGGCCUUUGCCUUCUCAGGAACCAAAGGCAAGGACAUCAACACAAUCAAGUCGCUGCGAGUUCUGCGGGUCCUAAGACCGCUGAAGACCAUUAAGCGUCUGCCAAAACUAAAGGCUGUCUUUGACUGCGUGGUGAAUUCUCUGAAGAACGUCCUCAAUAUCCUCAUAGUUUACAUGCUCUUCAUGUUCAUUUUUGCCGUCAUUGCUGUGCAGCUCUUUAAAGGCAGAUUUUUCUACUGCACCGAUGAGUCGAAGGAGCUGGAGAAGGACUGCAG